AUGUUCAUCCUCAACGAACCAAUCACGUUCAGCCAUCCAACAGCUUGGGGAAUGGACCAAUGGGAAGGUGCCAUUCGACCCAAGUGGAUGGGGAUGGGAGAAGCAGCUCCAGGCGUGCUGCCAUGCCAUUGGUUGCAUGCAGAAGCAAGGUGUCGCGUUCUGAAGCCAUCAGACGCCACCUCGAGCUUCCGAAAAACCUAUAUAAAGACCCCCUUGAAAAGGAGUUACAACCAAAAGAGUGAAGACUGUCCAGACGGCUCUAUCGAGAAUCAGCGCCCAACCGCGCAGUCCGGCUGGCCGAGGAACGAAUGUUCCGCGCUCGGCCAAAACCGUGUCCGUCCGACUGAAGUCUCGGCCAAAGUCCAAACCACUCGGCCGAUCACGCACGACCCGGGAAACAUGUCCCGCGGUCGGCCAAGCCAACGUCACGCCACACCGCGCACGACCAGCGCGCGAGCCGGGAAACAAGCCUCGCGGCCGCGCAACCUUCCGCGUACCACGGCCGAUGCAUCCGUCCGAGCCGGGAAAGAACGUCCCACGUCCGGCCGAGAAUUCAUCGGCCAAAUCUCAUCCGCUCGACCACGCCGGCCGACCCGAAUCCGUCCGACCCGACCGUUCCGACUCGCCCACGACCCGACUGUCCGGCCGAUCGUCCCGACCGACCGUCCCAACGCCGCGGUCGACCCGAAGCCCGUUUUGAAGCCCAAACUUAUGUUUUCAAGCCCGGCUUAA